ACAUCACAUGACCUUUUAUUUUGUUCCCGUGACCAAGAUAGAAAUUUCAAAAUAAUUACGCGCAAUGGCUAAAGUGGAAGUUGAUUUAGAUGUUCAGGAUAACUCUCUUGAUAACAGUAAUGAUAAAGAACAGUACCUAGGAAUCGUCGCCCCCUAUUCCAGUGCUGAUUGUGAAAGUUCUGGUUUAGAAACACAUACAUUUUAUGAUAACACCGAGGAGGAAGACAAUAAUUCCUCUUACAGCUAUAGAGACUUGUCAGCUGGUGGACUUACAUAUAAGUUGGUACAAAUGACUCCAGAAAAUUCUACUAUAACCAGCAUAUCACCAGAACCACCCUCACAUUUAGUACCAUCUGGAGAUUAUUAUGUGAUAAGUAAUGCUGCUGAUGUCUUUGGUGGAUCAGUAUCAAAGAAGGUUAUCAGACGACAACCUCUGAAAGCAAAAGCUGUGACAGCAAAAAAGCGCGAUGACAAAAGGCGAGCCACACACAAUGAAGUUGAAAGACGUCGAAGAGACAAAAUAAACAGUUGGAUAUCAAAAAUAGCAGGAAUGGUUCCAAAUUCAGGGCAUCCUGAUAGUGCUAGUAAAGGUGGAAUACUCGCAAAGGCGUGUGACUACAUUACCGAGCUGACUGAUAAGCAAAAAAAAUUAGAAAAACUUGAGAUGGACAAUGAUAAACUAGUGAUGGAAGUGUUAAGGCUAAACCAAGAGCUUGUUGAAUUACGCAAAGAGAAUUCCAUAAUGCGUACACAACUUAAUGAUAAUAAUAGUGUAGUGUCAAAUGCGCAAAACCAAAGGCCUAAGGGGCAGAAAUCAUAGGAUUAGUGUAUUGAAGACUUAUAGUGGUGCUGUCAGCAUUAGAUAAGAGGUGAUUAUUGGAUUUUAAGUGUUACCAAAUUCAAAUUAAUUAUGUGAGAAUUUGUUAUAAACAUUGAUGUUGAGUGAAUGUUUAUGUGGAUCAGAGGAUAUUAACAUUGCAAAGAUCUGUGCAAUUUUAUUCUAGAGCAAAAAACUGCAAAUCUGUCCUGCAGACUGGUACUUUUCCACUAAAAAUUCUGUAAGGGGCCAUCCAUAAAUAACGUCACACGAUGAAUUUUUGAUCCAUCCUAGUCACAGCUGGUCGCAUUUGUAAGACAUUUUGAAUUAUAUUUUUGAAGAACACAAUGUAUUAGAUGAUUUUGAUCAUAUUGAAAGAUUAUUGUACAUUCCUCGUUUAUUCCAAAUACAUACUUCGAGGAAUAUGAUAAAGCAUUUGAAUGGAUGUUUAAUUGUUUCUUUGGCAAAAAUAACAAUGUAAAUUACAUUGACAGAAGGAAAUUUGCUAAAUUAAAAAGGUGUUCACGCUAUGGACAUAACUUUGACGAAACAAGCAUUACAUUUUGCAGCAUUAUUUUGUUACCCUUCCACUUUUGGAUGUCAUUAGAUAAAUAGUAUAUUACGCACCUAGUGAGAAAAGUAGGUCAUUCUGACCCGCGGCAUAUUGACACCCGAACCGAAAGCGAGGGUGACAAUCUACUUAUCUCACCUGGUCCGUAUACGAUUUUUUUCCCACCUGGAUGAAAAGGUCGCUUUUAGUACCAGGGACUAAAACUUUUCGUGGAGUCGACCUUGAUCACUAGUUAGUGUCGCUGGGCAUCCAAAUCUUGAGAUCCAGUGAUUGUAGAUGAUAUCUGCAAUUGUCUCGGCUGUAAAAUUGUCGCUAGGGAUUGCCUCAGGCCAACCAGUAUGUCUGUCGAUCAUUGUUAUCAGAUAACGAUGUCUUUGAGCAGAGGUAGGUAGAGGUCCAACAAUAUCUAUGUGUAUAUGCUGAAAGCGAUCGGUUACGUCAAACAUUGAAUUUUGCUGACUGUGUGGUAUUUUACUUUUCUGACAAUUUAUAUAAGUUUUACUCCACUUCCCGAUGUCGGUAUUCAUUGAAGGCCAAAAGAAUUUUUGAGAUAUUAAUUUACGUGAUGUUCGUAUUCCUGGGUGAGUAAUAUUAUGUACACUAUUAAAAAUUUGUUUGCGGAAUUCUGUAGGUAUGUAAGGACGUACAUGACGUGUUAAUGUUUCGCAAUAUAAUUCUAGGUUCGUGUUAGGUACAUUUAUUUUUUUGAAGGUUAUGUUCGGUUGUUGAAUGAGUUGUGUUAUGCUGCUGUCUCGCUCUUGUGCGUACGCUAUCUCGCUGUAAUCGAUCGUAGGUGAUACUGUUAUUGUUUCUAUGCGGCUUAAUGCGUCGGCAAUUAUAUUAUUUUUUCCACUGAUGUGUCGAAUAUCGGUUGUGAAUGAAUAAUAAUUGGCGCGUUCGGCGUGGCGUUUCGUUUGCAGUAUGUGUUUUAUUCAUAGCGAAUGUGAGGGGUUGUGGUCUGUGAAUAUAAUUAAUUCACGUCCUUCAAACAUCUUACGGAAAUGUUUCACUGACUUAUAGACGGCUGAGAGUUCUCUGUCAUACGCUGAGUAUUUCUUCUCCGCCUCUGAGAAUUUCUUUGAGAAGUAACCGAGUGGUUGCCAUUUAUUUUCGAUGUAUUGUUGUAGGACGGCACCUACUGCAUUGUCAGACGCAUCACAGAAUAUUGCGAUAAGGGUGUCAUGUGAUGGGUGAGCGAGUAAGGUAGCUUUAGAUAUGCUAUUCUUGCACUCUUCACAUGCUUGCGAUGCUUCGUCGGUCCAUUUAAUUAUUGUUUUAUCACGUUUCUUGACAUGGUGUAGGUAAGCGUUUAGCGGAGCUUGUAUUGAUGCAGCGUUCGGUAUGUGGUCACGAUAGAAAUUUAACAUGCCUAGAAAUCGUCUUAAACCUUCUAUAGUUUUCGGUUUUGAAUAUUCGGUAAUGGCUUUAAUCUUCUCUUCUGGUGGCUGUAUACCGUUUUUUGAUACGAUGUAUCCAAGAAAUUUGACUUCCGUUUGGCCUUAGUUACACUUCGCGGGGUUGAUAGUGAUACCGUUUUCUUCCAAUCUUCUAAGAACUGUUCUUAGGUGAUCGCGAUGCUCAGUCUCGUUUGCUAAGGCUAUGAGCAAAUCGUCGAUGAAUGGGAAAACGUAGUCUAAUCCACGGAGCACUUCGUGAAUAAAUCGCUGAAAUGUUUGUCCCGCAUUCUUCAGACCAGGACACAUGCGAGGAAAUUCGAAUAAACCCAUUGGUAUGAUGAUAGCUGUCUUCUCUAUGUCCUGUUCCCUGGUCUUCAAUUGUUGGUAAGCGCGGUUGAGGUCGAUUGUGGAGAAUAUUGUUUUGCCAGACAGAUGAUGGGUGAAGUACUUGACUCUCGGCACUGGAUAACGAUCGGGUUUGGUUAUGCUGUUCAAUCGUCUAUAAUCACCGCAUACCCGUAUAUCGCCAUUCUUCUUAGGUACUAUAUGGAGUGGUGAAGACCAUGGACUUUUACUCGGUCUGCAGAGUCCUUGUUGCAUCAUGUUUUCACAUUCUUUCUUCACUAUUUCAUAACGAUGAGGUGUAACGGGACGAACACGGCAAUGUAAUGGAGGUCCUUGUGUUUCAAUAUAAUGUUCCACGUUAAUUUAAGGCGAUAAUUGCAUCGAUGUUAAUCUCGUGGUACCGGGGAAUUCGGCGAGUAUCGCGUGGUACGGGGCCUGUAUAUCGAUACUUCGUACCGUGGGUAAAGUCGUUGACAUUAUUGGCCCGUUUUUAAGAUUUGUGGCGGCAAUUAAUCUUCGAUUUUUUAAAUCUACGAUAGUUUGAUGGCGGUUGAGAAAAUCGGCACCUAAUAUUGGUUUCGUGACGUCAGCUACAAUAAACUUCCACUUGUAUGGUCGACGGAGGUUGAGAUCGAGUUGUAAUGUUUUUUCACCAUAAGUAGAAAUUGUUGUGUUGUUUGCAGCGUACAAUUUAAAUGGUAGAGGCGUUGCUUUCAGGCCUAGUUUUCUUGGUAGGACGGAUAUAUUAGCACCGGUAUCUACUAAGAAUGAUAUCUUUGUUUUCUUGUCUGUGACAAAAAGGCGGUAUGAUGUGUGAAGGACGCUGGGUUCCGCCGCAGCUAACGUCCGUUCUAGUUUCCCGGUGGCUCUUUCUUGAAGUUGCAGGGCGUAGUACAACGUCGUGCUUCACUACCAAAUCGGCGAUGGUAAUAGCAGUAAAGUGUUGGUGAGCUAUUGAGUGUGCGGGAAAGGUGUUGUGACGAGCUUCUAUUGCGACAUGACGAGCGAAAUCGGUGGCGAUGAUAGUGUUGAGAUGGCCUUGACUUGAGUUCGGCGACUUCUAGUGAUAGUUUUCGUAUCUCGUUAAUAAAGAAUUGUGUGUGAUCUACCUGAUUUGACGUCGAUGUUUCUGGACCUGAUGCUGGUGGCUGGCUGGAGACGGCUGCUACCUCCAUGAUUUGCUCCAUCAUCGUGUCAGCAAGCAACGCUAGUUCCUCCAGCGUGGACUUCGCGCUGAAUGACUCGCUGACGGCGAGCACGGAGCGGACGUGGGCUGGCAGCAGUUUACUCCACAUCAUGCGGAGGGUGGAGUCGGUAACCUUGUCCCUCGCAAGGUUACGCAUGCGUCGCAGUAGCUGUGAAGGCUUCUGGUCUACAAGCUCCAUCUCGGCGAGUAGCUUCUGGAACUUGCGGCUGUCGGAUUCUUCAUACACCGAUAUUCUCAUACGGUUCCUUGAUUGCUGAAUAUUGUUUGUCUCUCGGUAUGUUAAAUAGGAUGUCGGAGAUUUGUUCGAUGUCAGCCUUUUCUAAUUGGGCGAGCACCAUCUGUGUCAGCUGGACUUGACUCCUCUUGAGGUCAUCGGUGGCGGCUUCAAAGCUGUGAUACCAAAAUCGCGGAUUUUCACGCCAUAAUGGUGGUAUGCGCAUCGACAGUGAAAUGCUGGAGAUUUCUGUCGCGGUGAGUGGCUGAGCCUGGUUUGUGUCUUCCAUUUCUUCGUCGGCUAGAUAUUCCUCGAGCAGAGAUUCGAUGAACAGAAAUUCGUCGUUUCGGAGAGCUGGUGAAGCUGUUCUUCGAUGUGUAGCCGGGCAGAGGUUCGGUGUUCUUCUGUUCAGGCUUCCUGGCUUCCUUCCGUCGGCGUUCUUGUUCGGGCUUCCUGGCUUCCUUCCGUCGGUGUUCUUGUUCGGGUUCCUUCUUAACUUUUUCCACGUGUGCGUAGUGUAAGCCCAGUUUAUGGAAGUGUUCAUUGUCCUUUUCGUUUCCACCAGAUGCUAAUAAUCUUUGUUCAUAGAUGUCUGAUAGAGGUUAUGUCUCCGAUUAUAAGGCUACACUUAUUGCAGUUAAUAUGCACGAUUAAUAUUUCUACGAUCUAUAAUGCUACGAAGGUAUUACGUUACAAGUUAGAUAUUAGACAUUUGUAUUAAUUGAUAUUAUUGGUUGUAGGUACAGCUACAAACUUGAGCGUUAGUUAAAAAACAUUAUAUUUUGUAAAAAUGUUAUGGCACAAAAUUUGUGAGCCCUCCCCGUCCCUUUAUUAGCAAUGUCACACUUAAUCUACCCCUCCCUCCGUGUGACGUAAAUUAUCGAUGGUGCCCAAUUGCCCCAUUGUCUGUGAGUGUAAUAUUCACUGUUGUAACUCACAGCAGCUAUUUUGAAAUCCCCAAAAUUAUUGUAAGGAGUUAGAUUGCUGGUUGUUUGAAUGAGAGUAACUUUAAUAUCCCAAUUAUUUAGGAGAUAUCAUAGAUCGAGCUGGUAACAAUAUGUACUCGGUUUUUGUUUUUUAAAAUAUUAUUUAUUUUAUUAUUAAAAUGUCGCCCAUUUGAGUAUAAUAUUAUAUUAAGUUAAUAAAUUAUAAAGAAUUAAUUUUACUUUGAGGCUUGUUGUAAAAGAAAGAGCCAGAUAGUUACCAUUGGGUUUUGAAAUAGCUGGACCCUGGGGUUUAUGUGACUGACAAGCGACAUUGAAGCUUGUGGUCUUCUUUCCGAAGGUUGAGAAACAUUUAAAUCGUAAUAUAAUUUAUAGUCCAGUCAAUAUAGACAUUAUACUUAGCCAAAAGACAUAUAUAGGGUGUAUUUAAGUGCAUAAUAUGUAGAUGUGAAAUUUCCAACUAUUGAAACCGCGAUAUCUCACAAAUGGUCAGUCGUAAAAGACCUUAAUUUUGUACCUCAGUAAAAAAAUUGCGGAAGUAGGAUCAAAGGGGAUUUUUGACAUUUCAUUUAUAAUGGCGUGUUUAAUGUCUCAACCAAUUUUUAUGAGUAUGUUUAUGACUUUUUUAUUUCUAUUUUGACUGGAUUAUAAUAUUAGAUUCACAGUAGCUUCCAGAUCCAAAACAAAAUAAUAAUGGUUUAAAUUAUUCAAUGUACUCAUUUUAAAUUGAUCACAUAGAAUGUAAUUACGUUACAUUAUAAUAUUGUAUUUUUUACGUAACAUAUUAUGUUUGAAUGUCAGUUCCAAACGCAAAAAUGUCAUUGUCAAACUGACAUUUUAAUACUUGAAAUUUUAUGUUUCUACUAUUCAACUAUAGUUUUAAUUAUAUAAUGUUUUUAUGGAAUAAUUAAUAACAGGUUCUCUGUAGAACCCGUUUAUUGUGUUAAAUAAUUUUCUUUAACUUUUGAAGUGAAACUUCUUUAGGUGCAUGAGGGUAUUUUACGAAUGCAACGCAAUAGAACGUCACGAAAAUGAGAGACGUUUUUGUUCAAGGGAGAGAGCGAUUGACACCGAUUGAGGUACAGUAUUUCUUACUCUCGGGCUUCCCUACUAUAGCCUUGUAUCGUGCAGGUUUAGCGCGCGGCCGCUAGUAAGUAGAACAUCUAAUAAUUGCUAAUAUUGACAAAAAACUUUUGGUUUAGAGAACAGAUUAGGAUAAUUGAUGUAAACGAGAUUUAAAAAUUAGUUUUCCAAAGAAGUUUCACUUUUGAGCUGAAGCUAUUUUUUUUAAUAAACAACAUCAUCAGUAUUGUUAAAGAAAUUAUAUUUUUAAUCGUUUAGUUAUUUUUUAUUUUUUUAAAUAAUUAAUCAUUGUAACAGUUGCAUUUGGAAAGAGCAGGAGGUCUGAUCAUGUAGAAUAUUUUGUUUACAUUUAAGUGUUUUUGUUUUUAUUUUGUAACAUAUAAGUUAUGUGCCUUAACAAAAUGGCAAUACUGAAAUCGCAAAAAUAUAAUAUGGACCAGAUUUUUCUUUAAAAAUAAAUUGACUUUAUAAAAAUCUGACAAGUAAAGAUCACUUGCUCGCUCGGGUUCUGUACCAAAAUAGAUUUAAACGCAUUAUAUUGAGUGGCCACACUUACCGACGUAGAAUGAGCCUAGUGAUGAUACCAGUGAUGUGCUUUCGAUGUAUAUUGGGUGUUUAAGGCCAUAUUUAUUACAUCAUCGCAUGCGGUUGGUAAAGCACAAAUAGGAUUUUAGCCAUAAAUCUGGGGGUCCUGUUUAAUUUAUGUUUUUGUUUUAUUUCACAAAUGGGUAACAUGGCCAUUUUAGGGAUUUACCAUUUUGAAUUAACUUCCUCUUUUGCUAUUCGUAAAAUGUUCCCAUCUCCGACAUUGCAUGCAGCUUUUGUAUUUAUUUUUAUGAUUUACCAAUGUAACAUCCCAAGUAACCGGUCCUUCGGUAGUUGUAUAAAAAACUAUUUUUUAUUCAAGCCACUCCAGCACAAAUACACCAAAAUAGAAUUAUCGCUAACUACGAAUGAUAAGUCUUCAUUCAGUGAACGCUAACAUGCGUCAGUUUCCCUCCCCACAGGCGAAAGCGGGUGAUGUUAUUCAUUUGUCGUGGUAAACAUGUUAAGUUGAUUUAUUUAACAUAACUGUUAAGCCACGCCCCUAAUCGCUUUAUAGAACAUGUUAAUGUGAUUACAAACACAAAAACACGGCACAGCCAGCCGACCCAGCGUAUGAAUGUAGGUAUAGGAUGCGUUCGUCUUGUCUGCACUGUAAUCUUAUUGCUUCGAACGUUUUUUUUCCACUGUUUUUCACUCUUGGUAGUGUGGGCGUGGCCUGUCCUAAAUACGUUGAGACAAUGUUAUGACCGGCUUGGGUUCCUCAUCGGCAAGUGUGGUCACUCCCUUGUGAGCGAAUAAUAUUGAUAACACCCUUAUAUGCCAUAUAUUUUACGACACCCUCUAUAUGUAUUAAAGUUCUCCCAAAAUAAUUUUAAUUUAGAAGGCACUAAAGGAAAUUUCUUAUACAAUGUAUCAGUUAUUUGUAAAUAAUAUUUUGUAAUCUACAUCACAGAUCCUGUUGGUAUUAUGAAACGUCAGGAAAGAAUUUUGUUUUAGUGCUGGGUCCAAAAAAUUGUGAGAAAUAUAUUAAACUGUUGUAGAUA